GCUUCCGGCGGAAGAGUGCGGGAGCAAGAUGGCUACUACCAAGCGAGUGCUGUACGUGGGUGGACUUGCAGAGGAGGUGGAUGACAAAGUUCUUCAUGCUGCUUUUAUCCCUUUUGGAGACAUCACAGAUAUCCAGAUUCCUCUGGAUUAUGAAACAGAAAAGCACCGAGGAUUUGCUUUUGUUGAAUUUGAGUUGGCAGAGGAUGCUGCAGCAGCUAUCGACAACAUGAAUGAGUCUGAGCUCUUUGGACGGACAAUUCGUGUCAAUUUGGCAAAACCCAUGAGGAUUAAGGAAGGCUCUUCCAGACCAGUUUGGUCCGAUGACGACUGGUUGAAGAAGUUUUCUGGGAAGACUCUUGAGGAAAAUAAAGAGGAAGAAGGGUCAGAGCCUCCCAAAGUGGAAGCCCAGGAGGGAGAGCCCGCUGUAAAAAAGGCCCGGUCAAACCCUCAGGUGUACAUGGACAUCAAGAUUGGGAACAAGCCAGCCGGCCGCAUCCAGAUGCUCCUACGUUCAGACAUCGUUCCCAUGACAGCAGAGAAUUUCCGCUGCCUGUGCACCCAUGAGAAGGGCUUUGGCUUCAAGGGCAGCAGCUUCCACCGCAUCAUCCCCCAGUUCAUGUGCCAGGGCGGCGAUUUCACCAACCACAAUGGCACUGGGGGCAAGUCCAUCUACGGGAAGAAGUUUGACGAUGAAAACUUUAUUCUCAAACACACGGGACCAGGCCUGCUCUCCAUGGCCAACUCUGGCCCAAACACCAACGGUUCCCAGUUCUUCCUGACAUGUGACAAGACGGAUUGGCUGGACGGCAAGCAUGUGGUAUUUGGGGAGAUCACGGAAGGCCUGGACGUCUUGCGGCAGAUUGAGGCCCAGGGCAGCAAGGACGGGAAACCCAAGCAGAAGGUCAUCAUCUCCGACUGUGGGGAGUACGUGUGAGAGGGCAGCUGUCAGCCUGGGGAACCGGCAGCCAAGGUGUCCCGUUCGCAGCAAGCAGGGCUUUGUGUCCUGGCCCUUCCUUGGGGUCAGCGUGGGGCAGCUCCUCUGCAGGCACGGCCUGGGCCGCCUCUGGCUCUUCCCCAAGUGGGGCCGUGGGCCAGGGUGCUGCCCUCCCCACCGUGGACGGCUGUGCGUGCCCUUUCCAGGCCAGGGCCUCUCCUGGGCCCACCUGUGUAGAUCCUAGAUGUUUUCUUCUGGUAAAAUAAAUUCUAUUUUUUGUACUGCUGCCUCCAGCUAGUUCCUGGGAGUUGUCAAAGGUUGCAUCUAAAGCUAAACUGCCCCCCGAGACAGGUUGGUGAAGGAAUAGGAAAUAGCGUCUUCCCCACGGCUUUUCUUUCUUCCCUCGGGCAAUUCCCUGAGAUGUCGGGUGCUGUAUCUUCAAGCCAGAUACCCUUGUCAGACCAUUGUCAAGACCAUGGGAAUCAAAGACAGUGAAAAAGUUCCUAUCUACAGUGCCUCCACUCCCAAAUCAUGCUGCCAGUCUUGUAGCCAGUGGGUGUGCUGCUCAGUCUCCGUGAUUCAUUUGCUCACUUUCAUUCUACAGGUUUUUUAAAUGAUAUUUUAGUACUCAAAAUGCCUUCUCCAUGCCAGGUACUGUACCUAUUUGUCAGGAGACAAGAGGUCAGCAAACCCGUUGGGUCUGAUCCAGCCCACUGCCUGUUUUUGUGAAUAAAGUUUUAUUGGAACACAG